UCUCCUGUUUACAAUGGACAGAGAAGUGACAUAUGCUGAUUUAAAAUUAACUGGGAAUACUGGCCUUGAAACUUCAUCACCCCCAUCUCUUCCUCAGGAUGUCUGUCAAAGGCCAACUUGGCGUCAAUUUGCUCUGAAACUUGCUUGUACUGGGAUUAUUCUUCUUGCCUUGGCUAUAAUCGGGUUGAGUGUUUCAGUGACAUUCUUAAAACAAAAAUCAUCAACAGAAAAGAGCAAUGUGGAUGUUCAAGAGGAAAGAAAUGAAACAACAGAGAGACCAAGUUUGUUAAAGUGCCCAAUGCAUUGGCACCUUUUCCAAGAAAAAUGCUUGUUUUUUUCUAAUAAUCACAAACCUUGGAAUGACAGUCUAGCUCACUGUUCCACACAAGAAUCCAGUUUGCUGCUUAUUCAAAAUCAAGAAGAACUGGUAUUCAUCAGUAACCUGACAGAUAAGAGCCUUAUAUUUUGGAUUGGAUUAAACUUUACGUUACCAGAGAAGAAAUGGAAGUGGAUAAAUGGUUCUUUUCUAAAUUCUAAUAUAUUAGAAAUUGUUGGUGAUAAUAAAGAAAACAGCUGCGCUUAUCUCUCCUCGACAAAAGUUAUUUCUGAAUACUGUGAUGGAGAAAAUCGUUGGAUAUGCCAAAAAGAACUAAAAUCCAUUAGAAAUAAAGGAUAUCCUGACUCUUGA